AUGGCAAGCCCGGCUGAGGUGCAAAUUCAACAGGACGUAGUCGGAGAAGACGACUACGUUCUGUUGAGAGAGCUAUCCAAAUCGUCUCGUAGUGUUGUUCAAUAUGUUGGCCCUACUGGCAGACACCAACAGGCUAAGAUCUACAUAUUAUUGAAACACGUCCCUAGCGGUCCUAGCCACGUCCUUGUCCACCACCUCUUCACCGGCAUGUACCAAUGCCUUAGACCAAAAGGAUCGUCCUCCCACGAGAACAAGGCUACCGAAUUCGCAACAAGCAUCCGAACGUACGCGGUUGCACAGGAAUACGAGUUACCUACCCUGGAGGAACUUGCCAAGAACAAAACGGAACGUCUCGGGCAUCACCUGCAAAUGGCCCAGUUCCUCAACAUAAUGAUGGAUGCCUAUCCGACUCAUCGAUCCAACAAUGUAUGGCUUCAUAAUUAUAUCAAGCCUCAGGUCGAGUCGCUUAUUCAUGGGCCUGCUGAUUUCCUCAUGAACGGUUCUUCAGAGAGCUCCGGCCAGACUCUAUCAAUUACCAGUGUCCUGCUCGGGGCUUCACGAAGAAUGAAAUAG